CUGUCCUCCUCCAGUGAGUAAAAAAGAUGUGAAACUUGACAAGGUGACUUCUAGGUGAUGGAUUUUAAUGGCAAGCCAAUUAUCUUCUGCGAAUAUGAAGAUGAUUUCACAUUAGGAGAUGGUUACAAUGAAGGCAAUCAGCUGAUCCUAGGAAAUGAUGGGAUAUUUCUUCUGACCUUUUUCAUUGCGUUCAUAUUUAACUGGAUUGGAUUCUUUUUAACCUUCUGCUCAACCAAUACAAUUGCAGGAAGAUAUGGGGCCAUUUCUGGAUUUGGGCUGUCCCUUAUAAAGUGGAUUCUCAUUGCUAGGUUCUCCGAUUAUUUUUUCGGUUAUUUUGAGGGUAAACUAUGGCUCUGGUGGAGUUUUCUGGCUGUUGGGAUUUUGCUUUUUACAAAUGGUUUCAUCAAUUAUGCAAAAACUCGGAAAGUAGCUUCGAAGAUCGCCAGCUUGAAAAAGUCCAAGUUCCUUUUCAUUUUCUAAUGAUAUUUGCUGCCCUACUUCCUUCCGUAUUGCCAAGCUUCACUCUGUGGUGAAAAAAAAGGGAAUUACAGAUUUCAGAUGAUGAAUUAAUAAGCAGCAAAGUGAUUCAAUUUUGUGGACUUGGCUUUCCCAGCCACUUGAAAAACUUCUGUUGGGUACAUUUUGUUGCUGACUCUGCUUCUUAUAAUUGAUCUGAUAGAAUUCACGUAAUUUUCAAAUAUUUUGCUUAUAACUCUGGUAAAUGGAAAUUAUAGUCAUCGUUUGUUAAUUCAUUAGAGGUAUGCUUCAAAAUUGUUCAAUGCUCUUUGAUCAAGAGAGGGCACUGUUGCUUUUUGAAAGACUAAAUACAUUGAGACCAAAGAAUUGAAAUGUGUACACUAUGAGUCUGAAAUAGGCUGAAAAUAC